UCUACCCAUCUAACCUAAUCCCUAAAGAUCCGAAGUACAAGCAAGGCAAGAAAGUUAUUAAAAAGUACCUUCGUUACUACCCUACGCAGGCGCCGAACCUCGAUUUCUAUCGAACUUUUUUCUACCCUACUGCCUAUUUAGGUCUUUAUAUACGAAUUUCUAUAGAAUAUCUAUCCUGCGAGUAUAACAAGAGAACAACAAUCGAGAGCGAGACACGAUUUCCAGAGGCCUAGUCGGAGCCCCCGACUUUCCCUCCAUUCCUCUCUCGUCGCCUUCCCUACCAACCGCGCGCACGGAACACAAUGUCAGCAAUUCUCUCAGCCGACGACCUGAACGACUUCAUCUCGCCAGGCGUAGCCUGCAUCAAGCCUGUCGAGACCCUCCCCGCUGCUCCUCCGCAGAACUACUCCUCAAACGAUCUCGAGCACGAAGUUAUUCUCGACGGCCAACAAGCAUCGCAGGGACAAAAUGGCAAUGAACCAGCACAGAUCUCGUUGACAGACUGCCUCGCAUGCUCCGGAUGCGUGACCUCCGCCGAGGCCGUGCUCGUCAGCCUACAAAGCCAUGCAGAGCUGCUAUCCGUUCUCGACGGCGCGCCAGCUUUGCGCGUGGUACCACAACCACAAAUCAAUGGCCACGUCAACGGCAAUGGAGUAGUUGAGAAGGAGAAUUUCAAAGUCGAAGGUCUCGAGAACCCGGAUGCAAAGCUCUUCGUCGCCAGUGUAUCGCCACAGACGCGCGCAAGUCUAGCGGCUGUUGCUGGUGUGAGCGAGCGCGAUGCCGGACGUAUGAUUGAGCAACUGCUUAUGGGUACCGAGGGCCUGCGCACGAGUGGAAAGUGGAACAACGGGUUUACGUGGGUGGUUGAUACGAACGCGGGGCGAGAAGCGUGUUUAGUGCUCGGUGCGGAGGAAGCGUUAAACUCCAGUAGCACCAGUGUCGCAAAGCCCAUCUUAACAUCAAGUUGUCCUGGGUGGGUAUGCUACGCAGAAAAGACACACCCGUAUGUGUUGCCGCACAUAUCGCGCGUCAAGUCGCCGCAGGCUGUCACAGGCACGCUGCUCAAGACUACGCUGAGCCGAAUUCUGGGGAUUUCUCCGGACCGUAUAUGGCAUCUCGCCGUCAUGCCAUGCUUCGACAAGAAACUGGAAGCGAGCCGCGAAGAGCUGACGGAUGCGGUAUGGAAUGGUAGUGGCCAGCCUGGUCGGGGCGUACGAGAUGUAGACUGUGUGAUCACGAGCAAAGAGAUCCUCAUGUUGACGGAGUCGCGGAACAUUGAUUUCUUCAGCCUCCCCAGAAUCCCCAUCCCCACAGUCCAACAGACUUCCUUCCCCGAUCCCAUUAUCCGCCGGUUCCUGUUUCCUCCACGCUCAAGAAGCGGGUGCCCAGACCCUCUGGCAGGCACUUCAGGCGGUAACCUGUACUACACGCUACAGUAUGUGGCGGCGCGACAUCCCGGGUCCCGCAUUGAGAACAUACGGGGCCGCAAUGCCGAUGUUGUAGAGUACACCGUGAGAUCUGCAGCGGGUGAUCCCAUCUUCAAAGCAGCGCGGUACUACGGGUUCCGGAACAUACAGAACCUCGUACGGAAGCUUCGACCGGCAAGACCGUCACGAAUGCCAGGAGCUGCGCGCAAGGCAGUGGGAAGUAAAGCGGCCGGGUUGGAGUACGCAUAUGUUGAGGUCAUGGCGUGUCCCGGAGGCUGUACAAACGGCGGGGGUCAGGUCAAGGUAGACGAUCCCAUUGUGCUGGAGAGGAGAAGGGUUUCGGAGGCAGGAACGAAACCCGGGCCUCAGGAGCAGAAGCUAUGGCUUGCGCAGGUGGAUGAGGCGUACUUCUCAGCCGAGGACUCAGAAUCGGACUUAUCAGAGUCCGAGGGGGGCAAGACCUCCGCGAGGCUAGAAAACGGGGCUGUGAAUGGAGAUAAGAGCCGGAGUGACGAAGUAGGUGGCAUUUCCCCUUCGUACAUUUUUGAUAUCCUGGCGCACUGGGCGGCCAUAACGGACAUAGGGGUAGAUAAACUAGCGUACACGAGCUACCGGGAGGUGAUGAGCGACGUCGGCAAGGACAAGGCGUCGGGCGGCAACGCCACGGAAAGGGUGGUGCAACUAGCCGGCAAGAUCGGCGGCGGGUGGUAGCCCUUGUUACUGGCGAAAUCUACCGUAGGUAGCUAAGCUAGUUAGGUCCUCCACGGGCUAGUCCGGUAAAAAUUAAGAAUUA